GGCGCUCAGUCUGCUCGCUCGCAGGAGGAAUCAGCAGCAACAGCACAAGGACAAUGGACAGUGUUCACCGCGGAUCAUAACGGGCACCGGGCAGCUUCAACAAACUGGAAUACAAGGAGGUGAAUAUCAAACAGCUCCAGGAUGCUGCCCCCCUCAUUCCUGCUAACCUGCUAUUCACCACGGGGCAUUUGACUUACCAAACAUGAUGAAGACUGAGCCUCCGUCGGCCACGGGAGGCAACGGGGCCUCCGGUGGGAGCAGCGGGACCUCGAAUUUACGAAGUCCCUCUCCCCACCGCAACGCCUACGAGGCGGGUCUUGCGGCGCUGAAGAAGGCCACAGACCAUCUCAACAAUGCUGCCAAUGGAGGCGCCGACCCUGCCUCAAAACCUGCUCCCCUGCCCCGACCCCCCGGGAGGGGCCGUAAAUACGGCUCAAACGUUCAUCGCAUCAAGAACAUGUUCAUGCAGAUGCAGUCUCCUGGUGAUGAGGAGGACGGAGCCAAAAUGAUUGGUAAGGAUCAGGCGGUGAAACUGUCCCUGCCGAGGGUAUCCAGCCUCAAUGAGAACGUGGACCACAGCGCCCUGCUGAAACUUGGGGGCACAGUUUCUGAGAGGGUCAACCGUUUUGACUCUAAAGCUGGUAGGGAGGGCAGUGGCUCAUCUGUGGGUUUCUCCAAGCUCCAGGAGACCAGGAGGAUCUUUGAGCAGCGGACUCUGCAGGAGAAGCAAGCUGCCACUAAUCGCAUCUUGCUGAAGAAGGAGAGGGCAUCGGGCUUUCAAGGCAGCCGUCUGGAUGUUGUGGCUCGCUUUAAUGGGUCCACCGAAGCCCUGGACCGGCUAGAUGAUCCCCCCGUUCCCACUGCUCCUUCUGUUCCCUCUGCUGCACCUUUAGCCGGGGCGGGUGAGGCCGUCAGUCCCACUGUGAGCCAGCUCAGCGCCGCAUUUGAGAAGGGUGAACUGCAAAACAAUCUCUACCUCCCCCAGCGCCGCUCAGCCCCUGCCUUGGCACCAAAACCCAAGCCUCCACCCAGAGUGGAGGUUGCAGAGAGGAAGACAAAGGUGCUACCUCCAGGUAAGGAAGAAAAAGAGGAGGGAAAAGCAGGAGUUACUCAGGCAGCAGAGCUACCUGAGGAAAUGGGUUUCCUACAGAGGAGUGUAGGGGAACCGGUGACGAAUGAGGAGAAGGAUGGAUUUGGACACUCUGGGGACCAGCUGUCCAACUCCUCCUAUUCUUCAUCAUCCUCAGUGACUGUCACGUCUUCCUCUUCCUCAUCGGAGGCCAAACCAGAGGCAGAUGCCCAGCUGGCAGCGACUGAAGCCAAGGGCUCAAGUACAAUGACAGCCCCUGAGCUGCAAACACAGUCCGGAGAUCAGGACAACACCACUGCUGGAUCUGAGGCCGGGGGCAGGCUGGUACAAGCUGAGGUUCAUGCCUCACUGGAAAAUGGAGAGAAAGCGCCUCCAUCUUCCUCUCCUUCAUCAGAGGAGAAAGAAGGGGACUCUGAGGAGCAGGCCAAGGAAGAGGAUGAGAAUGAUGAGGAUGGCUCAAGGAAGGAGGAUUAUUCGGAGGGAGACCUGAUAGAUAUAAGUGCAUACAGCGGGCUUGGGGAGGAAGACUCUGGGGGAAGCCAGCUGGAUGAUGAGGAAGACGAAGAUGAUGAGGAGGCAUAUCAGCCAGAGACCAGCUGCUCAGAAAUCCCAGGCCUUCCUGAGGAAGAGGAGCCUCCACCACCCAAUAGAAAGAUUUGCUUCAGCACUGAGCCAAUCAGGGUCUUCACCACCUAUUCUAAUGAAGACUACGACCGACGUAACGAUGAUGUUGACCCCAUGGCAGCCUCAGCUGAGUACGAGCUGGAGAAGAGGGUCGAGAAGUUGGACCUGUUUCCUGUCGAGCUGGAGAAAGACAGUGACGGCCUCGGUAUCAGUAUCAUUGGUAUGGGUGCAGGAGCUGAUAUGGGCCUGGAGAAACUGGGGAUCUUUGUUAAGACGGUCACUGAGGGUGGAGCUGCACAGAGAGACGGCAGGAUUCAGGUGAAUGACCUGAUAGUGGAGGUUGAUGGGACCAGCCUGGUUGGUGUUACUCAGAGCUUUGCUGCCUCUGUCCUCCGCAAUACCACCGGCAAAGUCAGGUUUGUGAUUGGCCGGGAGAAGCCGGGGGAACAGAGUGAAGUGGCUCAGCUGAUCCAGCAGACUCUAGAACAGGAGAGGUGGCAGAGAGAGAUGAUGGAGCAGAGAUACAAACAGUACAUGGAUGAAGAUGAAGAGACAGGUGAAUAUGCAACAGACGAGGAGGAGGAGAUGAGUCCGAUGUUUCCAAACUCUAUAGAGGUUUUCGAUCUGGCAGAGAACCAGGAAAUGCUGUCUCCUCUGGAGCUGGACCCAGAGAAACUAACCCACAAAUUCAAGGAGCUCCAGAUUAAGCAUGCAGUAACCCAGGCAGAGAUCCAGCUGCUAAAGAGGAAGCUGGCUCAUGCGGAGCAGGAUAAGUUGCGUUGGAGGAUGGAGCGUGCUCAGUUGGAGCAAAACAUCCGGGACAGUAAAGAGAGGAUGGAGAAGCUCGAGAGCUACUGGAUGGAGGCACAGUCCCUGUGUAAGGCUGUGGAUGAACAUUUGAAGGAAACUCAGGCUCAGUACCAAACCCUGGAGAGGAAAUACAGCAAAGCCAAGCGUCUGAUUAAAGAAUACCAGCAGAAGGAGAUCGAGUACCUGAAGAAAGAGACGGCUCAGCGUCGGGCACAAGAAGAGACCGAGGCAACACACAAAGAGGAGACCGACAACCUGCAGGAAAAGAUUACAGACUUGGAGACCAAAGUGGAUGCCUUGAAGACCCCCAAACCCUCCUAGACUGCUGCUACUUCCCACCUCCUGUCUGUGACUGAAAGAGGAGGAGCUCCGCCUUCAUCCCGAUGGGGGCGGGGCUGUAAUUUAUUCCAAUCAACCAUUCACUGCAACGGUAGCGGAGGGGAGGGGAAAAAUUAGAGUAAGUACAAGAAAGAGAGGAAAGAAGCAACCUCUCGUGUGACAUCUGCCAGUGGCUUAGUGCUCCGUCAGUCAGCAACAAUCCCAGAAUGCACCUCCUGUCAUAUCCAGAAUCCUCCUUAUGUGUCUUCCUGGCAACUGGCUUGGCAAUCAACACAGAAACCAUAUUCAACAACUCAUUUCGUGGAGCAUCUUACCCAGGUUCUAUUAAUAAUUCAUUAAAAAAAAAAAAGCGCUUUUAAUAACCAGGCUCGUCACAAAGUGCUUUAUAGAGUGACAGAGGGAAUGAAGCAGAACAAAACAGAACAAGCAAGAGGGGACAAAGGAUUGCUGUUCUAUAACUUUUGGACUACGUGAUUGUUGAAUCAUCCCUUUUAUCUCUUUUUUUUUUUUUUUGGAUCCUUAAGAAGAGGACGAGCGUGUUCUCCGUACUGUGGCAGUGCUCGUUUUAAUCUGGAACUACCAGGAGAAGUGGUAACCGUAUUUUUAGAGACACCAUGCCUGUUGAAACGUGGAACCUUGGUGGUAAUGCGCAACAAAACUCUGAAAAGCAAAUUUCCACCUUACCGCCAUUAGUAAAGUAAUAAAAACUAUGAAACAAAGAUGGGCUCCGAAUUUCUGAUCAAACCUGUGAGAUUACAGAUGCCCCCUGAGACCCCAGCUUUUUGCUUUCUCUUUUCUACCAUAAUCCUGCAAAGCGGUGGAAUAAGUAAAGGAAGGAGUGUGCAUUUCAGGUCUGAACUAUGUGGCGUAAUGUUUGUAUAUAUUCUAUACAUUUAUUUAAAAGUGUUUAAGUGGCUUAAGCAUUUAGGUGGAUCUGGAAUCUAAGAGUAAGGCUGUGCGAUCAGCGAAUGAUGGCGCCUUACUGUGGAGGGAACGGUUCGGUAGUCCUCAGUCUGUUUCAUCUCUUUUCUAUCGACAUCAAUGGCAAACAGGGUGUGAAUAGUCUAAUUUGUGCUUGUAGAGCUUCUAAUGGUGUAUAUCUGUUGGUGUUUACUAUAUAACCUGUGGGUUUACAUGCACACAAACCUGAUUUUCAGGUCAGUCACGCACUAUAUUCUUGCGUAUUGGAAAGGAUUCCUUUCUGGAUUCAGAAAGCUUCUCUUAGCUCGCGCCACGCAUAUUGAAACAUCUGUUUAGCAAACAUCUCUUAGAGGCAGGGUUGGGCUGUAGAUAGAAACUGACUGGCCGACUUGUUAAAAUCGUAGGUGCCAAACUAAACUAAGAUUAGAGAAGUCACAAAUGUAGAUUUACAUGUCCCAAAAGAAAUUGUAAGUCCAAUUAUUAAGGAAAGUUUUUGAUGGCAGUUAACUAUUACUAUUGCAGCCAAUGUCCACCCCUAAUAGUAAUGUCCCUUUAUUGCACAGUAAUACUGGAAUUAAGUUUUUGCAAACAAUUAUAUACCUGACUGUAACACUUAAAUCACCACUUUUUAUUAGUUCAUUAGUACAGGAGAGGAUUAGGACCACUGGGAACAAAAUUUUUUAUUAUUUUUACAGAAUUCUGAGGGGGAAAAGAGUCUGAUUUUAAUAUCAGAUUUUUUUUUUCCUGAACUGUGAAAAAAAGACUUUUUCUUAAAGUCCCAAGUUUAAUUUCAUAAUUCUGACUUUAAUUUCAAGAUUCUCAUGACCCAAAAAUAUUUUUUCAGUGGCCCUAAAUCCUCUUCUGUACACUAGCGAGUAUAAAAAUUAUCUGAAAACCGCCACUGAUAACCUUAUGUUGAAUUAAAAAUGACUCCGCUUUUUCUUGACUGACUUACAUGUUCAGAACAUAAACUGACUACAUUACUUGAAGAGAGCACAGUGAAACACGGGACAUUUGAAUUCUCUUUUAUUUUUGCGAACAUUAAAAAAAUAAUUUGAAAAUAUAACAGCUAAAAAUCACUUUCUGAAGUAAUUUUAAUGUCUGUAAAUGUAGUUAUCUUGGUUUGAACAUUAUAUAUUGACUAGUCAAAUGUCACUAGACCAAAAUUAUUUUGGGCCUCUCGGUUAGCUUAUUAGCCUGUAAGUUGGCGGUAAAAGUUUUUAGCUAUCAGUAUGCUAAUUUAGCUUCCCAAAAUCAAAAACUACAACCAUCAUGAAGCCUGCCGCUGUCCCCGGAUAGCUUAGCCAUUAAGAAGUGUUUGAGUAACAAGACCUUCACAAGGAUAUGAGCAACAGCGUUAUUCACAAAACUGUGUGCAUGUAAACACACUCCACAUAUCUUACAUUAGGAGAAAAGUAGAGGGUCCCAAUGCCAGUAUUAUACCUGUAGAAAAUGAAUUUAAGUUAGUGAUACAUGCCUGACAUAGUCCAAAUAUUGGUUGAAUUUAAAAGUGUUGUUAUAGCCAUUAAAGGUCAGGUGAUUCUUCAGGAAUUCAAUAACCAAUGUGUCAACGUCAUCGACUCAGAAUAUGAUUUUUUUUUUUCCUAAACUCAUCUUUGGUCAGAUCAGUGUUUUAAGAUUUACAGAGUUACGGUUAAGCUUGAUUUGCUGAGAUCAGAAUAAUUGGCUACGGAUUGAACCCGUCACACUGUGGUUACAGUACGCUCGAUAUGUUUCUAAAGAUAAUGUGAACAUUAUGAUGAGGACUGUUUAAUGUUCCAAAUAUGAGAUUUGAAUGUAUGUGAAUGGAAAAAAUGGCGCUCUGGACACGAGGAACAGGCAGAUUCUGUAUGUUGCUGCUGUCAUUCACCGCAGUAGUUGUUAUUAACCAGCUCACGUGUUAAUCAAGACAAUAGAGCUUGCUGGCAAGCUCUGAUUAGGUCACGUUACUUGAAAAUACCACAAGUGGAGUACAAUCCAGAGAUCUAAUUAGCCUACUUAAGCUUAACUCACAAUAAAUGGAGCCGUUUUUGUAGUUGACAAGUCAAAACCAACCUCUCUAGCUAUUCCCCAAAAAACAAAUUUUGUUUUAGCCACGCUAGCGCCCUGGGUCUGGGGAUGGUCUCUUUUUGAUCUAUGACUUUGUUCUUAUUAUCUUCAAACCCAUUGUACAGAUAUUCACAGCACUCAGAGGAAGUGUACCGAUUUAUAAUCAGGCGCCAGCAGCAGAUUAUAAAUUUAAAUUCAUCAAAUACUUAGGUUGCUAAUGACAGCAUGUUAACAUGUUGGAUUCAUUUUGCGAACAUGGCAAACCGUUAACCUGUUGGGGGGACUGCGAUCAUGUUCACAUGCCAGUGUUAGCAUUUCUCUCAAAGCACUGCUGUGCCUGAGUAUUACCUUACUGAGCUUAUAGCAUGGCUACAUUAAAAAAAAUAGUUUCUUUCAAACCCAAAAUAAUUUUGACAAAUCAUGACCACUCAGAUGAAGCUGCUCUGCUUGAAAAUGAAAUGCUGCACUUCCAAGCUUACCAAUUGCUAGGUAGAAGCAUGUUUUCUUGAGGUAUUUGCUUUAAAAAAAAAAGAAUAGGAAAAAAAAAAACGCCUGUUUUGCUUGGACCAAACUGCCCCUGCCUUCGGCCUCAGCCUGGCUUCGUUCUUCACACCCACUCAGUUGGAGCUGAUCUGAAUCUGUGCUCCACCUGUGACCUACAGUAUUUGCAUUAACAGAUAUCUAGUGAGACACGGGAGCAAAUUUUUCAUGUUUUUCUACACUUCUCUGUUCAAGAACUGUUGAGGGAUUUAGACGCAAACAGGAAUAUGAGGACAUUUAACCACCUGGCAAUUAUUUUUAUGUUUGUACAACUGUUUGGCUGAUGAACACGGAGGAACGACUCCAAACUCAGUGUAUGGUUGGGUUUUCUUUCUUUCUUUUGUUUUAAAGACACCAAGUAUUUGUUCCACACCUGCAGUAUGUUUUAAAGUGUUGUCUUAAUGGAUGGGAACAGGAGUGAAAGAGCAUUUUUAAAGGAAUGAAAAUCAGCCAUAAGCAACUCACUUGAGUAUUUUUUAUUUCUUAAGUAUUUUUUAUUACAGUUUCAUCUCUAUGUUGAAACAAUGUGAGCUGUACAAAAGCUGUCGCAUCACCAGUUAAAACCCUGGUCACUUUGGGUUUAAAAACGUCUAAACACAGGAAGUGAUCAGCUUGCCUUUUUAUGACCUAUAAGUUAACAUGCUGCUUUUUGCCUCUACAAAGCCUUCACGUGUUUGCUAACUGUAGCUGACUGUCAGUUGUUGUACCCAUCACGCCCGCCCAUCUUCGGUGUCUGCAUUGGAAAAACAAAAUGAGCCUGUCAUAGGUUUAAAGGAUGUGCCAGAGAUUACAGACAAACUGCCAUAAUACUGACUGAUUGUAGCUGUACGCCAUGUUACAGACUGUAGACACAUUGCCACAUUCUUAAUAUUUUAGGUAAGCUCAUUGUUUUCCCCCACUUCAUAUUUUUCCAACAGGCGGCCUCUGACGUUUAGAGGGUUCAGUGCCUUGCUUAAAGGUUAAGGAUAGUGCCUGUUGUCCAACCACUUUGUACAGUUCAAGGAGUCGUAACUGAUUGAUUGUUGUUUUUUUUUUUAAACAUUCACUUUUUCAGUGCAUGCCUCACUAAGCGAAUACAUAUCUAUCCAAAGGCAUGUCAGUGUGCCAGUGAGUGAAUGUAUUGCUGUUGUCACACACAUUUAGUACACCAGUGGGAAUGUUCACUGCAAGAAACUGCUCAUUGGGUCCUUCACAGCAUUCACUCAGGCUAGUCAAAAUUAUAAUAUUUGUUUGCAAAAGUCAGACACUUCGCCAGGGCUGCCCUUCAAAAUUCUAGAUGUAGCCGAGGGGCUUUAAAGGCUUUGGUGGCGUUGGGAUAAUUUCUUUGCUCUAUACGAAUGAUGUGGUCUUUUAGGCUUUAUCGACUGGUGACCUCUAGCUUACAAUGGUGUGAUUUGCAGCUGAGAUGAGAAUUGGCACCUCCAAAUCUGAUGGUUGUCAGCCGGAAAAGGGUGGAGUGCCCAAGGGGAGUACGGGUAUCUCCGGUUCUUGUUCACGACUGCGGAAGAGAGGAGCCAGAGAUUUUAGAGACGGGUCGGUGCAGGGUCUGCGGCAAUGCAGAUGAUGCACCAAAUUAUGCUUGCGAAGAGAGAGCUGAACGUGGAGGCAAAAUGCCAAUUUAACUGGUUGAUCAUUGCCCCCCACCCACCUGCCUAUGACCUCAGUCUGUGGCCAGUGACCUAAAGAAUGAGAUGGCAGAUACAAGCAUCAGAAAUGAGCUUCCUCUGAUGGGUGUCUAGUCUCCCCUUAGAGAUAGGGUGAGGAGCUUGGUCAUUUGGGAGGGGCUCUGAGUAGAUCCGCUGCUCCUUCACAUCAAAAAGAGCCAGUUGAGGUGGAUAGGGUAUCUGACCUAGAUGCCUCCAAGGUGAGGUGUUUCAGGCAUGUCCUGCUGGGAGGAGGCCCUGGGGCAGACCUGGGAUGCAUUGGAGAGAGUGCAUCUCUUGGGAUACUUCAGUGACCCUCCUGAAGGAGGUGGCUGAGAGAGGGAGGUCUAGGUAACUUUGCUUGAACUGCUGACUCUGCAGUUCAGAUCUGGUGAAGUCGUACAAAACGGACGGAUGGAUUUUUGCACACGUGCUUCCUAUUAUCCCUGCCUUUGAAUUGCCCUGCGUUGAUGAGCCUCAGAGUCCAAAUUGCACUGAAGUGCUAGGACCCAAAAGUCAAGAUGCUUCCGAUUUUGUUCACACAAUGACCGUUUUUGAUGCUCAAGGUGGGAAGCUUAAAAGCAUGUUUUGUCCUGUAAUCACUGGCACACUUUUUUUUUUGCACCCAGACUCUGUAGAACUAGAAGAACAGAUGCUUGUUAUGUGGAGCAGAUACAAUCUGGUGCGCACAUCACAUGUGUCACACAGCAACUUUUAAGAAACUGGAAUCAAACGUUGCAAAAAAGGUUUAAAAUUACAAGAAACAAAAGCGCUAUGAGAAUCUUUGUAAUGUGUUACAUUUUUUAUUUUUUUUUUUGUUGGAAUUUUCUCAUUUGCAUUCUUCUAAUAUGUUGCAAGAGCCAAAAUUCACCGCACUUUGGAGCAGUUCGGUCCGUUGCUUUCAAAGAUAUUAACCCUCGGCUUGAAAUUGGAGAGGGCUGUCAUGCGGUUUGAAAGGCAAACAGAGGUGCGGUGCCAAAUAAUACGAGCGGGACAAUCUGACAGUGUGUGAGCAGACCCCUGAGUGCCUCUCGGGUCUGAAACAAUUUCCUUCUCUGCCUGGUUCUGUUCUUCCGUUGAUGCCACCAUGUUUGUCUAAACCAAUACCUGUCUGUCAGCAUUAAUAAAGAUAAAAUAUGACAAAAAAA